AUGAGUGAAUAUUAUCACAUAGUUCCUUGGUUCAACAGCGCGGAGUGGCUCAAAGUAUAUGAAUUAAUUUAUUCACCAAAUUCGACCUUCGAAACUAAACAAGAGGCGCUAAAGCAGUUAUUGGUAUGGAAAGCUAGAUGUCCAUCAUUACCUUCGGGCGUAGAAUCUACGUUAACUUUACUAGAAGUAUAUAUUCAAGACGCGAAAAUUUCCGGCGAUGCUAUCAACGAGCAGUUACUCCGUUUGGCGUAUUCGUCAGCGAUUAUGCGUUUUGUAAAUCACAUGCUUGAUACAGAAACCGCGCGGGGCUCCAGUUUGUAUCAGGCAGCGAAAAACUUGGGUGUUCCCGACUGGAUAAUUGAUAUGAGACAUAACACGGCCCAUAGUAGUAAUCUACCAUCCAUUGAGAUCCUCAGAGAUGCCUGUUCAAUUAGUCUGGAUUGGCUACAAAAAUUUUACUGGGAGAAACACAAAAUGUGCAUAAAAGACUAUGUAGCAGGACAAAAAGAAACGAAUGUCAAUGACGAAAAUAAAAUUGCUGUAUUGAUGAACUACUGCAUCUCUCUAAGCAUUUGCACACAUUCACGAUGUAAAAUAAAGAAUUUAUCAGAAAUACCUGAUGUCACAAUGAGGGAAUCUAUUGUGAAUGAUGUAAGAGAUCUAUUUGGGGAUAAAAUAGAUCUGUCCAACUUAAAGACUGUGUCUAUUAUGUCCUUAGUUAACGCAAUCAAUUUGCAGUCAAAAAAGAUGUUAAGAACUGCAAAUGCUGUGACAUAUGUGAAUAAAGCACUGCUUGGAGAAGAUUCUUUAUUUCUUUCUAUGGAAUUACUAAAUGCAAUGGGCAACAAUGAAUUCUAUCACAAGAAUCAGUUGAAUAGGCCAUAUGUGCAAUGCUUUGAGUUUAUGUUGACAUUUCUGCAUUCAAAUGAUCUGUUGUUAGAUUUCCUAAUGGAGCUAAUCAAGAUAUCUGAAUAUUCCAAUUCUGACAAAGAUAGAAGUCGUCUGGCUGCCCUCUGGGUGUCUGAGAUUUUAGCAGCAUUGAGAAAAUCCAAAUAUUUUAUAGAUAAAAUUAAAAAAAUAAACAAAAACGACUUUGAAAGCAAGAAGAGAAAGGAUCUUAAGCUAUUGUUCCACCACUGGUUUCCAAAUGAGAAAGUUAAUGGCCUGUUACUUGAUUUACAAAAACCUGUUCCUAGGGAACUAAUGGACUUGAAUUUUAUAAGGCCUAUUAUAUCCCGUUAUAAUUUAAAUUUAAUAUAUUUUGUCAGAGAGCUUCUUAAUUUAAUUGAGCCACAUUUGCCAAAAGUUACAACAGAAAAAAUAUGUAAACUUGCUAAAUUGAUUUCUAGUCCAAAGACUCUUUCUUCAGUGGCUUCCAAAAUUUAUACAGUUGAUGAUUUGAAAAAGGCACAAGAGCAUUCAAUAGAUGAUGACAAUGAUUCAGACUGUCAGAUAUAUGAGGACAUUGAAAUAAAUGGCGAUAACAAUACUGGACGAAUAGCACACGGUAUUUGGCAGUUGGCAUCAAAUACUUUCAACUGGUCUACUUGCCCACUUGGUCUUCUACCUUGGCAGCAAAAGUCUAAUGAGGAUACACAGACUGACACUUGAUUAUGCCAACCAUGUUAGGCCUACUACAAAGCAUUGGUGUCGUUUGUAAAAUUGAUAUGCAUUUCAUUAAUAAAACAAAGUAAAUUUCC